CUCGCUCCCUGCGGGGAGAGGCACCGCGGCCGCUACGGCCGUUAUCCCUGCUCGGCCUGCCCGGCCCGCCCCGUCGCGGGAGAGGACCCCCGGGUUCCCUCGGCCCUGGCCGGGAGCGCUCGGACAAAGACUCUCGUGGCUGAGAGAAGUUGAGCGCUGGGCUCCGACUCUGCCUCAGCGCCUGCCGGAGCCGCUGCGGGUCCCCGGCUCCAGCCUCGUUGGGCGCCGCUGCGGAGCGCUCCCGGGCCGCCGGAGCUGGCAGGCUGCGGGUCGGACUCCCUUGUCCCGGGGCAGGGCGCCGUGCUCUCCGUUCUCCGCACCGUGUGCCGCUCCCCGUUCUCUGGGCUUUGCGGAGCUUGCUUAGUUGCCUUCCUGCUCGUGUUGCGUGGUGUUGCAGUGAAGGGCAGUAGCCUUCCCACCCCACUAAGCCACAGUGGAUCACAAGGAAUGAUAGCUGCCGUCUCUUCCAACCGCACUGGGAAAUUUGGAGAGCGACCUCAACCGAAACGGCUCACCAGGGAAGCAAUGCGAAAUUACCUUAAGGAGCGAGGCGAUCAAACAGUACUAAUACUCCAUGCAAAAGUUGCUCAGAAAUCAUAUGGAAAUGAAAAAAGGUUCUUUUGUCCCCCUCCGUGUGUGUAUCUUAUGGGCAGUGGAUGGAAGAAAAAAAAAGAGCAAAUGGAACGGGAUGGUUGUACUGAGCAAGAGUCACAACCCUGCGCCUUCAUUGGAAUAGGAAACAGUGACCAAGAAAUGCAGCAGUUGAACUUGGAAGGAAAGAAUUAUUGCACUGCCAAAACGUUAUACAUAUCAGAUUCAGACAAGAGAAAGCACUUCAUGCUAUCAGUAAAAAUGUUCUAUGGCAAUAGUGAUGACAUCGGUGUGUUCCUCAGUAAACGAAUCAAAGUCAUCUCCAAGCCUUCUAAAAAGAAGCAGUCACUGAAAAAUGCAGACUUAUGUAUUGCAUCAGGGACAAAAGUGGCACUAUUUAAUAGACUUCGAUCCCAAACAGUUAGCACCAGAUAUUUGCACGUAGAAGGCGGUAAUUUCCAUGCCAGUUCACAACAGUGGGGAGCAUUUUACAUUCAUCUCUUGGAUGAUGAUGAAUCGGAAGGAGAAGAAUUCACAGUGAGAGAUGGCUACAUUCAUUAUGGGCAGACUGUCAAACUUGUGUGCUCUGUUACUGGCAUGGCACUCCCAAGACUGAUAAUUCGAAAAGUAGAUAAGCAAACAGCAUUAUUGGAUGCAGAUGAUCCAGUAUCGCAGCUCCAUAAAUGUGCAUUUUACCUUAAAGACACUGAGAGAAUGUAUUUGUGCCUUUCCCAGGAGAGAAUAAUCCAAUUUCAAGCCACUCCAUGCCCAAAAGAACCAAAUAAAGAAAUGAUUAAUGAUGGAGCUUCUUGGACAAUCAUUAGCACAGAUAAAGCAGAGUACACAUUUUAUGAGGGGAUGGGACCUGUCCAUGCUCCAGUGACACCUGUGCCUGUUGUAGAAAGUCUUCAAUUGAAUGGCGGUGGGGAUGUAGCAAUGUUGGAACUUACAGGACAGAAUUUCACUCCAAAUUUACGUGUCUGGUUUGGGGAUGUGGAAGCUGAAACUAUGUACAGAUGUGCAGAGAGCAUGCUAUGUGUUGUUCCAGAUAUUUCUGCAUUUCGAGAGGGCUGGAGGUGGGUCCGUCAACCAGUCCAAGUUCCAGUAACUUUGGUCCGUAACGAUGGCAUAAUUUACUCCACCAGCCUUACCUUUACAUACACACCAGAACCAGGGCCACGACCACACUGCAGUGCUGCUGGAGCAAUCCUCAGAGCCAACUCAAGCCUCAUGGCUUCCAGUGAGACAAAUGCAAACAGCGAGGGAAGUUACACAAAUGUCAGCACAAAUCCAACCAACGUCACAUCAUCUACAGCAACUGUAGUUUCCUAACUACCGUUGUUUGUUUGGACUUUAACUGACUUUUAAGUGCUACGUUCAAGAGAACUGAACAAU